AGAAGGUGGCUCAUCACAUUCUGCUUCAUAUUUGUCAGUAGAAGGUGCACGACGUCAGCGAUGCAGUUCUGGUGCCUGUACAUGCUCAUCUUUUGGUUCCUGCGAGAAAACGAUGCAGUCAUCAACAGCAGACUGUGGUACACCGAAAAAGCUGACCCCGCAUACGUGGCAGCAGGCGACAAGAUCGAGUUCGCUACGACGUCCAUGGCUCGGUGCGCCGCUGUGAGCAGCGCUGCAACGGGUGCAGAUCUCGUGUGUUAUGAUGGCGUCACUUGCGUUAUCAUCACAGCUGCAGACCUCAACGGCAUCAGGGGUCGCGUCUCUAACUGGAAAUGCUUUCUGGCCGGGUCUCGCUGCCGAUAUCCUUUCUACGAGUACCCGGAGUUUGGGUGCUUAAACUUCGUUACCAACAACCUUGUAAAUUUCACGACAGCGCGCACAUCUUGCCCUAUAGGAUCUCACCUCUACUCUCCUGAAACUUUAGCUGAAGCCGUUGCCAUGUCAGACUACCUCUUCAACAAGAGAUACGCGAAGCCACUGGAUAACUUGUGCGGAGCUGCGGCUCCAACUCUACCGGACGGCCAGCCACAGCCAUGCUACCCAUUCGCAUUCGACCUGUAUUGUUGCAACGCUACCGGCAUGUGUGGAAACAAAACAGCCGACUGCAACUGCCCCACAUGUGUCAACUACAACAAAAUAGCCAAGAGAUUCUACGUUGGAUUCGAGAUGAUCAACAAUACUUGGACAUUCGACAGCGGAGUUACAGUGAGCAAAGCCAAGGCCUCUGUCCCGUGGAGCACAGUUGACCCGAAGAACGUCACCACGUGCGCUCUCAUGAACCUUGUACCUUUGUCUAACGCCUCCUGGUACCAAUACGCGGAGGUUAAUUGUUCCCUAGCAGGCGCUUACAUUUGCGAAUGGGAUUGAGAUUUAAACCAGACCAAUUGCACUUGAAUAUUUCAUCACUUUACCAACUAUCAUUUGCCAUUCCCGGGGUUUCUAAGUUGCUCAGUUUAUGUUAAGGUCCAAAUUGCAGUUUUGAAACAAAUUUUUAUUUCUCAAUUUGAUUAGCUUAGCUCCAUCUGACUUUCCACAAUUCAGGUUACCACCCUAAAAGAAAUCAUUUCCAUUAAUGAAAUUCUGGUACACGGACGAUUUAUAACCCGUAUGUGUGGAAAAUAAUUCAACCCUGCACAAUUUACAUGUAUGACACGCACCGUGCACACCGCCACAUUUAUAAUCACGCACCGUUUUCUAUAUAUCAUUUAAUUGUCCGGCCGAGGUACAAGGGCGUAGCAAUUCCACAACCGAGUGAAAUACUCGGUCGUUCGCUAUACAAGCCCACAGAGCCCCUGCCAGUGUGCUGCUCUAGCCCACCAAUGACUCAAGCACUGCCUCAUACCAGUCCGAAGACUAGCGGGUCUGUGGCGACCCCGACAGUGGAUCUAAGGAGCGGGUGGCACAAGUUACGGAGAUACGAGUACAAUAAUUCUAAUCUGAUACAAUAAUUCAAUCAAUACAACACAAUACAAUAGUAAUUAAGUCAAUACAAUACAAUAAUUCAAUCUGAGAUACUCAAACAAUAUUUCUAGUGUGCGAGUGGGCGCCGAGUUUCUAUAUUACCUUCUGGAACAGGCAGAUCGAAGGGCAGAUACGUUGAGCUCGAAACCUGCUAAGAUUACGGUAUUUUAGUAGAUGUAUGGGCCUGAUAAUUUAUAAUAAUUCUGAGUUGUCGUCAUUCGACAAACUUUACAUGAGUUUUUCAGGCGAAUUAAAUUCACCAUAAAACUUGUAAUGUCUCAGAACUAAAUAAUAACAAUAUUUAUGAGACGGCUCACCUCUUCUUUCAUUUAGAUGUGUUUUAAUGACGUGCACUGCUGCGAACUUCUUGUGUGAUGCUAAACCUGCUAAAGGAAGCUACCAUAAACUGUGCUGGUAUGGACGGCAAUGGCCAAUGAACAUCUUACUACUUCCAAGUGUCAGAAAAUAAGUAGUAAUCAUGAAGCUUAUGUCCACAGAACGUGAAAAUUAGCGAUCUUACUCGUAAUUGUAAAUUUUCGUUUCUAUUGUUGAUAAUGCGUCAUUGACUGAGGAUUCCAUGAGAGUUUAGGAUUUCAACAUACUAAGCACUUAUUCGUAGUCGUUUGUACGAUUAUUUUUAUUG